GUUAAGCGGAUGUGGUCGCAGCCUUUGUACGGUGUGUUUGAGUGGAUGUUGAUGCUGAUUGUUUGAGGAAAGAGGAAGCAGUAAGGCGGCAUGAUUUAGGAAAGCAUUUUUUUUUUGUAUCCUGCUACACUUGUCUCUUCCACGCUUCGAAACCGGACCAUCGCGAUGACCCAGCCUCGGCCCGAAGAGUUUAUUCCUCCCCCGGAAUGCCCAGUCUUUGAGCCCAGUUGGGAGGAAUUUGCCGACCCCUUUGCCUUUAUCAACAAAAUACGGCCUAUAGCGGAGAAAACGGGCAUCUGCAAGGUCCGGCCGCCGCCGGACUGGCAGCCGCCAUUUGCCUGCGAUGUGGACAGACUACACUUCACCCCUCGGAUCCAGAGGCUGAACGAGCUAGAGGCCCAGAACAGGGUCAAGCUGAACUUUCUGGAUCAGAUCACAAAGUUCUGGGAGCUGCAGGGCUGCACACUGAAGAUCCCACACGUUGAGCGGAAGAUUCUGGACCUUUACCAGCUGAACAAACUGGUGGCUGCAGAGGGGGGCUUCCACGCGGUGUGCAGGGAGCGGCGCUGGAGCAAGAUCGCCGCCAGUCUGGGCUUCACUCCGGGCAAGGCCGUGGGCUCCCACCUGCGGGGCCAUUAUGAGAGGAUCCUCUUCCCCUACAGCCUGUUCCAGGCGCGAGACAACCUGCUGCCCCCCCAGAAGCCCACGCUCUGCAGCCGUGAGAAGGGCCAGGAGUGCCGGCCCCACGCCCUGUCCCAGAGGCAGGGCCCCGAGACAGGGGACAGCAGUGGCCCCGCCCGGAGGGCCAAUCGCAUGGGGGCUCAGGGUUGCUGUGUGAAGGAGGAGCCGGACCAGCCCUCAGCCAACAGACCCAACCUGCGCCGGAGGAUGGGAUCCCUGGUGGCCAAGCCUGAGCCAGAGGUGAGGAGCCCUGUACGGGUUAAGCAGGACCCAGCUGAGGUCCAGGAGCAGGUGAAUGUGACCGACCCAGCCCAGGGUCCAGGCAAGAGAGGCCCCCCAGCCACGAGCAUCGUGGACCUGUACGUCUGUCAGGUGUGUGGAAGCGGGAGCUCGGAGGACCGCUUGUUGCUAUGCGACGGCUGUGAUGACAGCUACCACACCUUCUGUCUGGUCCCGCCCCUCAGCGACGUUCCCAAGGGAGACUGGAGAUGCCCCCAGUGUCUGACUCAGGAGUGCAGUAAGACCACGGUGGCCUUUGGCUUUGAGCAGGCGUACAAAGACUACUCUCUGCGUGCGUUUGGAGACAUGGCCGACUCAUUCAAGUCCGACUACUUUAACAUGCCAGUUCACAUGGUUCCCACAGAGCUAGUUGAGAAGGAGUUCUGGCGGUUGGUCAGCACCAUAGAAGAAGACGUCACAGUGGAGUACGGGGCAGACAUCGCCUCCAGGGAUUUUGGCAGUGGCUUCCCCAUCAGAAACGGGAGGUUCAAGGUGGCCCCCGAGGACGAGGCCUAUCUGAGCUGCGGCUGGAACCUGAACAACCUGCCGGUGAUGGAGGCGUCGGUGCUGACACACGUCUCGGCGGACAUCUGUGGCAUGAAGCGGCCCUGGCUGUAUGUGGGCAUGUGCUUCUCCUCCUUCUGCUGGCACAUCGAGGACCACUGGAGCUACUCCAUCAACUUCCUGCACUGGGGGGAGCCGAAGACGUGGUACGGGGCUCCUGGCUUCGCGGCCGAUCGGCUGGAGGAGGUGAUGAAGAGGCUGACUCCUGAGCUCUUCCUCUCGCAGCCCGACCUGCUGCACCAGCUGGUCACCAUCAUGAACCCCAACACCCUCAUGGAGCACGGCGUGCCGAUUUAUCGGACCAAUCAGUGCGCAGGAGAGUUUGUCAUCACCUUCCCGAGAGCCUAUCACAGCGGGUUCAACCAGGGCUUCAACUUUGCCGAGGCGGUGAACUUCUGCACCGUGGACUGGAUGCCCCUGGGUCGGCAGUGUGUGGACCACUACCGGAUGCUGAACAGGUACUGCGUGUUCUCCCACGACGAGCUCAUCUGUAAGAUGGCCGCCCAGGCGGGCUCGCUGGACGUGGUGCUGGCGUCGGCCGUGCAGAAGGACAUGGCGGUGAUGAUCCGGGAGGAGAGGGAGCUGCGCGAGGGAGUGCGCAAACUGGGCGUGGCCCGUAGCCGGCGGGCGGAGUAUGACCUCCUCCCGGACGAGGAGAGGCAGUGCUCCAGCUGCAGGACCACCUGCUACCUGUCCGCCCUCACCUGUCCCUGCAGCCCCGGGGCCAUGGUGUGUCUGCACCACGCCCAGGACCUGUGCCCCUGCCCCGUGUCUCAGUACACCCUGCAUUACAGGUUCACCCUGGAUGAGCUGUACCCCAUGAUGAACGCCAUUCGCCAGCGGGCUGAGUCCUACGACCAAUGGGCUUCAGACGUGACCGACUGCCUGGGGGCCAAGCUGGAUAAGAAGAGAAGUCUGGCGGAAUUCCGCACUCUGAUCCAGGAGUCGGAGGCCAAGGCGUUCCCGGAUAACGACCUGCUGCGGCACCUUCGCCUGGUGACGCAGGACGCGGAGAAAUGCGCCUCGGUCGCCCAGCAGCUGCUGAACGGGAGGAGGCAGACCAGGUCUCGCUGCGGUGGGGGGCGGUCCCAGAACCAGCUGACGGCGGAGGAGCUCCGGUGUUUCGUGCGGCAGCUGUACAACCUGCCCUGUUCCCUUCGCCAAGCCCCCCUGCUGAAGGAGCUGCUGGGGCGUGUGGAGGACUUCCAGCAGCACAGUGAGCAGGCCCUGGCGGAGCAGGAGCCCAGCGCGGCCGAGCUGCAGGGCCUGGUGGAGCUGGGCUCUGAGCUGGCCCUGGAGCUCCCGGAGCUGCCCCUGCUGAGGGAGAGGCUGGCCCAGGCCCGCUGGCUGGAGCAAGCCCUCCAGACCCCCGCCCGGCCCCAGACCCUGUCCCUGCACACCAUGCGUCGCCUCAUCGACCAGGGGGUGGGCCUCGCUCCGCACCCCUCCGUGGAGCGCGCCAUGGCCCGCCUGCAGGAGCUGCUCACCGUGUCCGAGCACUGGGAGGAGCGCGCCCACGGCCUGCUCAGAGCCAGGCCCCGACACGGUGUGGACACCCUGGCUGCGGCCCUCCGUGACGCCGAGGGGGUCCCUGCUCACCUGCCCACCUGCCUGCUGCUCCGCGACGCCCUCCGCAAGGCCCAGGACUGGCUGCAGGACGCCGAGUCACUGCAGCUGGGCGGACGGAUUCCCGUGCUGGACGCCCUCUCGGACCUGGUGUCGCGGGCCAGGGCGAUCCCGGUGCAGCUGGGCCCCCUGUCUCGCCUCGAGGGCCUGGUUUCCGAGGUCCAGGCCUGGAGGGAGAGCGCUGCCACCACCUUCCUGAAGAAGGGCUCCCCCUACAGCCUGCUGGAGGUGCUGUGUCCGCUGUAUGAGGAGGGCACCGGCGCUCAGAGGGGCCGGCCCAGGAAGCUGAAGGACGGGGCGGCGGGCGGGAGGAGGAAGUGUGGGAGGCUGGGCGACGUGGAGAGAGCGCUGUGUGAGAGCCAGGACUCCGCCUCCGCUAUGGCCACUCUCGCCGAGGUCCGGCUGAAGGAGACGGCGGCCAUUUUGUCCCUCAGAGCCGCCAACGAGUCCAAGCUGGCCUCGGCGGGGGAGGGCGCGCCCCCCGGCGUGUGCGUGUGCGGGGGCGCCCCCGGUGGAGCCAUGCGGCAGUGCGAGCUGUGUCGCGACGCCUUCCACCUGGGCUGCGUGGAGGAGCCGGAGGAGACGGAGGAGCCCGGGGAGCCGGGCAGCGCGGCGGAGACCGCGGAGGACCGGGGGGUCCAGGCCUGGCUGUGCCCCCGCUGCCUCCGCUCCCUGCGGCCCCCCCUGGACAGGCUGCUCCCCCUGCUGGCCUCGCUGCAGCGGCUGCGGGUUCACGUCCCCGAGGGCCACGCCCUGCGCUACCUCAUCCAGCGCACGGCCGCCUGGCAGCACCGCCUGCAGCUGGCCUCCGCCUGCUGGAGACUGCCGGUACUGCAGGAGAGACCCCGCCAAGCGCACACUGCACAGCGCCACGGGAAGGCGAAGCCGUGUCCCAGAGCCGUGUCCCGCUCCCCUGAUAAACGGGGCUGCGCAGGGCAGUCUCAGGCCCCGUUCCACAUGGAGCUGCCCUGCAUUCCUCUCCAGGGUUUGAGUCCGGAGCUGGAGGAGCUGAUGGUGGAGGGGCUCCUGCUGCAGGUGUCUCUGCCUGAGAUCCAGCAGCUGCACCACAUCCUGCUGAACAGGCCGUCCUCGCCACGGCCUUCGCCCCGCAAGCAGAGACGCAGCCCCCAGGGGAGGAGUCCAGCACAGAACCAGGACGGGAGCUCCGGUGCGGGCGGGGCAGGCCGGAAGGCCAAACGGCGCCUGGAGCGGCAGAAUCGGGCGGACGGGGGCCAGCGGGCCCGGGACAGGACGCCCCAGAAGAAGCCCAAACUGAAGCGGCAGAAGAGCCCGGACGGCAAACCCACGUCACCCUCCCUGCCCCUCGCCCCGCCCCACGCCCCGUCCCCCGCCCCGCUUUCUGACGACUCCGAGGAGGACAUGGAGCUCUGUCCGGCGGGGGUGUGCCAGCAGCCAGAGGCAGAUGAGGUGGACUGGGUGCAGUGCGACGGCGGCUGUAACCAGUGGUUCCACCAGGUGUGUGUGGGCGUGUGCGCAGAGCGGGCGGAGGAGGAGGACUACGUCUGCGUGGGCUGCGCAGCCGAGGAGGCCAGCGGGAGAUGAGGCCUCGCUCCCACCGAGCCGGCCGCUGCCUGUCAAUCACGCGCACGGAGGGGCGGAGCCUACCCUCCCCACAGGGGUCGAGGGGUCCGGUCCCAGGGCUGGCCCCGGUUCAGUGCGGUUUCCCCUCACGGGGUCUGGCGGGCGAGACUGCUGAUUCCAGAUCAGUCAAAAGGACUACCAUUGACCUUUGACCUUUGCCCUUUUCCUCUCUGUAAAAAGGGUGCUACUUGACCUGUUCACCUCCUGGUUACAUUUGUUUUGUUUGGUUAUGUAUAGUACAGUUGUCCCAAGAGCCCUGGGACUGUAAGCUGUGUGAGGGGCUGUCAAUCAAACACCUUAAAGGGGUGAGGGGCCUGUCAAUCAAACUCCUUAAAGGGGUGAGGGGCUGUCAAUCAAACUCCUUAAAGCGGUGAGAUUUCUCCCCUCUCCUCUGGGACUGACCUGAUCACCUGACCAGAGAGCAGGAACACCGGGAAACUUUUCUCCAAAAAUGCAUAAAUCUGUGAAAUGGACAACAGAAACAUGAUGGAAGAUCACUCUGAUGGAAACCCAUUGACCACUUUGAACUUCAGGACAAUAAGAAAUGUUCUUUUUUUUGUGGGUUAUUUUAUUUAUGUAAUACCAGAACAAGGCUUUUUUUAGUCUGUGGCAUGAAGUUGCUCUGAACGUUGUUAUUAGUGAUGGUUGAAUUACGGAAUGCUCACUAUUGGUCUAAAAGAUUGAAAUGAUGGACUAGAUAUAUUUUGGACUGAAGGAACUGCUACAUCUGUACUUUGGCUUUUUUGUGGGCGCAAGGGGUAGUUUGUGUACAGAUGUUGCAGUUUAUAUUGUGGAAUAAAACCCUUUGAUCUCAUAUUAAUAUUUUUUCCCUUUAUUUUUCUCAUCUGGAUUGAAUUGACUGUGCUUUUAAUAAAAGGAUAGUUCACCCUAAA